AUGACUUCGUUGAAGCCUGCGAAAAGUGACAGUGGCCGAUCCAGCUCGCAAGAAAUUCACAACCAAUCCCGUCUGACCCUCUUCCGUACUCCUCAGCCGUACCACCGACGAGGCGAGAGCCUGAUCAAAGGCAAUGGACAAACUAGUGACAAUGGAUCUGAUGGAAUAAAUGGACCCUCCGUGCCAACAAUCAGUCGCUCCGAAUCGAGCGAGAGCGGAACAGAGGCAGAUGACGAGAAAGGUCCUCUCCUCAAAGGAUUACCUGCACCGCCAUUGCGCGUCAGGAAGGGACUGCGUGGAAGUUCACCGGCCAAUUUGACUCCCGCCGUCAGUCCCCUCCCCACGCCUCCUGCUUAUGUUGAGGCCGAUGGGUAUGGAUAUUUUCAGAAGAAUGGAAAGAAAUUGCCGCAGACAGGAGGGCCAGGCAAAGACUAUGACACCUACAAGAAGCGGAAACGGCGAGAGAUCGUUCGGCGAUGCACAGAGACUUCGCUCCUUUGCGGCAUUGGAGUCAUUGUCUGGACCAGCGGAGGAGGGUCGACAACUCGGGUGGACUGGCUGAACGAACUUAUGACCUUCCUCCUCAUCCCACCGCUCGUGUAUCUACUCUACCCGAUCCGACUCACCUUCCGCGCUCAUGCCGCGGGCACGACCUUUAUACAAGCACUGCGCUACGGAUUUCACAUUCCGUCUCGGUUUGACUCUGGGCCUCUUAUAUAUCCGGUGACGAUUCCGGUAAUGAUCGCAUUGUCACUAUUUCAUCGCAGUACGGCAUUUCUCCCAGCGGCCAUCGUCUGCGGGCUCUCGUCCAUGCCGCCUUUGGUGACUGCCACUCAAAAAGUUCCAGCAAUCGGCGAGCAUAUACAUUGGCUUCUCUCAAUUCUACCACUCCACGCUGUGAAGUUGCGCUUUUCACGGACCUCCAGCAUGAAGCCCAUUGCCUUGAAACUCGGCCCAGGAUGUGCACUCUCCCGAGAAGACUUUGUGAUGUUGUUCCCUCUGUAUCAAUCCCUCAUGACUACGCUGGGCUAUCUCACCACCUCGAGCCUCGACAUCUCCGAACUACGUUUACUUUCAUCCGCCCUUAUCAAUCUUCUAAUUUUCGCUCGGACGCCCCAAGCUGAGAUUCUGAAAGCCAUGCUCUGGCUGGGCGCUUUGUGCAUAUUUGUCUCUUGCAAGAACGUUUUAAUAUGGGAAGUUGCUCUGGCGCGGAUACCUACCUGGAAGCUUUUACGAAGACGUCGACGUCAAGGGUUCAUCUCGCAGAUCGAUCAGACUAUCUGUACGCUUCUGACCAGGGGAAAGUACCAACGGGUGCGACGGAACUCGUCCGACACCGAGGAAGAUGAAGGGCCUCUCAACCAUUUACCAAGAAUUAGACCUCGCUUGAAGCUUCGGCUCGGUGGAAGAUCGUCGACCAUACCAAUCGAGGAGCCCAUACCUGCACGUGAGGCAACGGCUUCCAGGAGUCUCUCGGCUGAUCUGUCAACUUUCUCUGGCCCCUUUCGACGGAACACGUUUACAGCAUUCGAUCGGGGAACGAGAAAUGAUACGACUCCGACCACCAAAAAAGCGAAAUCUUCUGCUGGUGGCCAUUCAGCCGCCUUCUUAACAUUGACCGUGGAGCAAGUUCGUGUUCGGAAAUAUGCGUAUGCCGCAGUUGCAUACUUUUUCGUGAUUGUCACGAUAUUAGGCCCAGUACGACUAUACGUCAGUAGACGAGCAUUGUCAGGUCAUGAACCGCUUGGCUGGGCUAUGGGCUACCUGCUUGGAAAUAUACCACCCUUCCGACUUUGGGUCAUCAGUAAUCACCUCGAACGGUGGAUCUGUCUUCCAACUCGAAAAGCGAGUGCGCCUGUCCCCAUCUCGUACGGGUUUGUUGAAUCCCUCCGCCAGGAUGUCCUCGGGCCUGCCAACACACGCCUUCUUAUCUGCGUGUAUUGCGUUGUGGUGCUGUCUGUCGGCAUAACUGCAGUCCUUCGCCUGACAUCUGUUGUUGAGGUCGACACUAGACGAAAAAUCUUCCACGGCAUCAUGGUUGCCAUGCUUCUGCCAACGAUUUUCGUGGAUCCUUGUUUUAUUGCAUUAGCAUUGGGGUUGGUUCUAUCAAUUUUCCUUCUUCUUGAUCUGUUCCGGGCCUCACAACUUCCGCCAAUCUCGAAACCCCUGACUACGUUUCUGGCUCCCUACGUCGAUGGCCGGGACCACCGAGGCCCCGUCAUUGUGUCGCAUAUUUUCCUCCUGAUAGGGUGUGCCAUUCCACUUUGGUUAUCUCUAGCUGCUGCGCCUCGGUUUGGGCAAGACCCGUGGGUUGGUUGGGAUACAGAUAUACGAGAUUUGAGCAUGGUGAGCGGUGUCAUUUGUGUUGGCAUGGGAGAUGCUGCGGCGAGCUUGAUUGGCCGGCGUUAUGGGAAAACAAAAUGGUAUUGGGCCGGUGGAAAGAGUUUAGAGGGAAGUCUGGCGUUUACAUUUGCGGUUACCUGUGGUCUUUCUGCUUCUUGGAUCUGGCUGAGACUCGCGGGCUGGGCUUCAUGGCCAGAUGGCGCCCCCGGUUGGACGCUGGGCAAAUGUCUGAUUGCGGGAACGGGUGCUAGCCUCCUUGAAAGCACCUUGACUGCUGCAAACGAUAAUGUGGUGGUGCCUGUCGGACUGUGGUUGCUGGUGCGAGGGUUAAACAUUUAA